UAACUUGAAAAUCCGCGAAACAGUUUCAUUAUAGAAGUUUCUAUUAACAAUGUUUAAAAUUGAUUAUAAGAUAAAUCGUUCCUCUCCGAUGUACUGGAUCUUGCAAAAGUUGAAAAAGAAGAAUGUUUUAUCAAUUACUGUCGUUGUUGUUCAGACAUGUAUCAUUCUGCUGCUGCUGGGCUUGUGCAUUGCGCUUUUUCCCGAGGAAGAAAAAGAAGUGGGAUUUCUACCCGUUGAACUUCCAACCAUGGAAAUGCCUGAAUUUGACCGUCUUGCCCUGGAGGUGGUGCUGAUUGUCUUGGCCUUGGUCUUCCUUUUAAUCCUGGGUCUGCUCCUCAUGGAUUAUGGUUUAAAACGAAACAUUCCGAGCAUGUCUUUGCUUCACAAGAACAAGAAAGGAAACUGGAGCUACUAUCCAAAGAACUUUUAAUUCAAUGAAUUCCAACAUUUUAGCUUUUCAAAUUUUUUUCCAGUUUUGAAAUAAAUAAAUUAGCUUAACUUUGA